UAUAAGCGCACGGAAUGGGUUCCGGGUUCCAAACUGAAGCUUUCAGCAGAACUUCGGGAGCUGUGGUGUUGAUUGGUUCGAUCAGUUGUGUCCGUCCCCCCGCAGUAUGACACUGGGCAAAGUGCUAAUUACGAUUGUGGUGGCGGCUUCGCUGGCAGAAGCUAAACCACCGGCGUCACAUGAACAUCCGGAUUUCCUGGAGACAACGGGAAUCCUGCAGGAGAUCGCAGGUGAAUGCCGGAAUGCCACCGGAGGAGACAAAGCCUUUCACCAGCUGAUGCAUGUUUUGCACCAUGAUACUCCGCGGUGUUUCAGUGGUCACGUGAACAUGAGUAUUCUGCAAACAUCGGUCGAUCAUCUGAGUAAGCAGGAGCAAUCUAAAAUGUUGGAGCAAGUUUGUGGCCAAUUUCAGAAAUCGCUCUCCUGCAUCGAUCCUAUUGUAGAUAAACUGGAACCGUGCAUUACCGAUCUCGACGAUAUUUUGCAGAAAAUUGUCGAUACGGUGCCGGAAGCGUUGAGUCUGGUUUGCAACAACAGCGCGGCCAUGUUGUUAAAACUACGCGAGCCUCUUUCCCGAUCGUGUGCCAUAGAACUGGCCCCGGCUUUGGGUGACUGUAUGGAUUUUGUUUCGAACAAAACCAUCGAGACGGAUUUGAAGAAGUACACUAUUACCGAGUGCAACGAAAUCUACAAAAUGAGAGACUGCGUCAACAAUCAAAUCCGGGAUUGUGGAGCCCUGAGCUAUCUGGAGCUGUUUAGCUUGUUCUAUCGGAAUCUGUUGAGUCUGACGCCCUGUAAAUGAGCGAAAUGUGUUUUGAUAUUGUUUCAAGCUGUAUGUACCAAUAAAUGUAACCCGAAUUAUUAGUUGUA